CCCCAGCGCGCCCAACUCCGGGGCUCCCGAGGCGGCUGGCGGGCGAUCCGGAGCGCGCAGGGCCCCUGUUUUGGGCGCGCGGGAGAUCGGAAGGGGGUUUGUUGCUGGUGCCCGCGGGCCCGAGCGCGAUCAGAGCGGGAGGAGGGAGCGAGGGUUCUCCCAGCGCCCAGCUGCCUCCCCGGCACUCGCUCUCCGGACUUGAAGUCUGCAAGCUGCUGCUCCUCCCACCCCGGCCCGCCUCCUCGCUCUCUUGCUCGCUCUCUUGCUCGCUCUCUGGAGUUGCUGUGCUAGCCUUGCUGUGCGUCCUGGCGAGUGCGGGCCGAGGGGCCCCGGGCCAGAACUGAGUAGAGGACCCGGGCGUCCCGGGUAGAGCGCAGCCGGCCAGGAAGUGGCCAUGUGUGGCGAGGCCGCGGUAAAGCUCGUCUGCAGCAAGUGACCUCGGGUCGUGGACCGCUGCCCUGCCCCCUCCGCUGCCACCUGGGGCGGCGCGGGCCCGGUGCCCCGGAUCGCGCGUAGAGCCGGCGCGAUGCACGUGCGCUCGCUGCGCGCUGCGGCGCCACACAGCUUCGUGGCGCUCUGGGCGCCUCUGUUCUUGCUGCGCUCCGCCCUGGCUGACUUCAGCCUGGACAACGAGGUGCACUCCAGCUUCAUCCACCGGCGCCUCCGUAGCCAGGAGCGGCGGGAGAUGCAGCGGGAGAUCCUGUCCAUCUUGGGCUUGCCCCAUCGCCCGCGCCCGCACCUCCAGGGAAAGCAUAAUUCGGCGCCCAUGUUCAUGUUGGACCUGUACAACGCCAUGGCGGUGGAGGAGAGCGGGCCCGACGGACAGGGCUUCUCCUACCCCUACAAGGCCGUCUUCAGUACCCAGGGUCCCCCUUUGGCCAGCCUACAGGACAGCCACUUCCUCACCGACGCCGACAUGGUCAUGAGCUUCGUCAACCUAGUGGAACACGACAAAGAAUUCUUCCACCCUCGAUACCACCAUCGGGAGUUCCGGUUCGACCUUUCCAAGAUCCCCGAGGGAGAAGCGGUGACCGCGGCUGAAUUCAGGAUCUAUAAGGACUACAUCCGGGAGCGAUUUGACAACGAGACCUUCCAGAUCACAGUCUAUCAGGUGCUCCAGGAGCACUCAGGCAGGGAGUCAGACCUCUUCUUGCUGGACAGCCGCACCAUCUGGGCUUCUGAGGAGGGCUGGUUGGUGUUUGACAUCACAGCCACCAGCAACCACUGGGUGGUCAACCCUCGGCACAACCUGGGCCUACAGCUCUCCGUGGAGACCCUGGAUGGGCAGAGCAUCAACCCCAAGUUGGCAGGCCUGAUUGGACGGCAUGGACCCCAGAACAAGCAGCCCUUCAUGGUGGCCUUCUUCAAGGCCACGGAGGUCCAUCUCCGCAGCAUCCGGUCCACGGGCGGCAAGCAGCGCAGCCAGAACCGCUCCAAGACACCAAAGAACCAGGAGGCGCUGAGGAUGGCCAGUGUGGCAGAAAACAGCAGCAGUGACCAGAGGCAGGCCUGCAAGAAACACGAGCUGUAUGUCAGCUUCCGAGACCUAGGGUGGCAGGACUGGAUCAUCGCACCCGAAGGCUACGCUGCCUACUACUGUGAGGGAGAGUGUGCCUUCCCUCUGAACUCCUACAUGAACGCCACCAACCAUGCCAUCGUCCAGACACUGGUUCACUUCAUCAACCCAGACACAGUCCCCAAGCCCUGCUGUGCACCCACCCAGCUCAACGCUAUAUCUGUCCUCUACUUCGACGACAGCUCUAACGUCAUCCUGAAGAAGUAUAGAAACAUGGUGGUCCGGGCCUGCGGUUGCCACUAGCUCUUCCUGAGACCCUGACCUUUGGGGACCACAUUUCUCCAGAUCUGUGACGUCUUACCAUCUAAGUCUCUCACUGCCUACCUUGGCAAGGCGCCAACAGACCAACCACCUCUCCUGAGCCUUCUCCACCACCUCCCCACCCAGAAGCAUGUAAGGCAUUAGAAACCUGAGCGCACAGUGACUGACAAGCAGGCUUUUCUUCAGGCGCAUGAUGGGUAAGAUCCUACCAGCUACCACAGGAAAUGUCUAGCAGGAAAAAUGUCUUCCAAGAAAGAGUCCAUUGGUCCCUGGUGCUCUGAGUCUUUGAGGGGUAAUUGCAAGCAUCCUUCAGCUGCAGCAAGGAGGAAAGGCAGAGCCAGGGUGGGCGCUUAUGUCUGUGCUGAAGGAAAACAAAGCAGAAGUCCCUGUAACAAAAUGUCACAAUAAAGCCCAUGAAUGAAAACGGUUAGGAUGUUACAGAUAUAUUUUCCUAAACAAUUUAUCCCCAUUUCUUGGUUUAUUCUGACUUCGUAAACAGAAACCGGGGCUGCGGAGGAUGGAGAGGCCCCUCCUUUCCGGUUUCGUUGUGUGUGUUUACCCAGACCUGCCCAAAUCUUCCCUGUAGCGAGGAAGAUGUCUGCUCAGAAGAGGCCAGUGAGAGAUGUGGCCUCGAAGGGUGUCAGGGUAAAGGUGGAGGGAGGCGCGCACACACAUGCGCGCCCACAUACACAUACACACGUUCCCAGACAUGCAUGCAGACACACACGUGUAGGCUUGGGAAUGGCUCUGCCAGCCCUUCAGCCCCAAUUCCUGCUUCAUGAGGUAGCACAGGGGACGCAGGGUAUUCAGGACACUGUCCUCUAAACAAGGCCCCUCUGUGGCCGAGCUCCAGAGCCAGGUCCUGGCCUUCUCAGCUACCGUUCUUCACCCUCAACCCCUCACAGAAGGCCCUGCAACAGAUUGGUUCCUCAGUCUGAUGGAGACUGCAUGACAGGGCUGUACUGGCAUAGAAGGUUCCUGCCUCACAGGUGUGAUGUUGGUCGUGGCUCCCACAAGGCCUCUCUGCCUGGGUCUGGGGUACCUAGCUGUCACACAGGCUCCUAGCUUCAACUGCAGAGAGGCUUGGACUGUCUGCCAAUGUUUCCUGUAUCUACACAAAGGAUGAGGUUAGCCAGGCAGGACCUAUGGCCAUGUCUCGUCUGGUUAAGUGGGGAUCCAAUUCUCUAUGCCUGUGUCCCUGGAAGCACUGGGCUCUCCUCUGUUCUGUUUUAGUUUUUCUUCUUCAGUAGCUUGGGCUGCAGUUUCUACUCUGCCCGAUCGAUCGAUGUGUGGGGGAAGAGCGUUUCUUCUUGUAAUUUGUUUUGUGUGUUUGCAGAUCCGGGACUUUUUGUGUGACUCCCCCUUGGUCCAGGUUUUACUACUCGGAGCCUUAGUCUGCCUGCAGCCAGUGUCUUUUGUACAUUUAAAUGUGUAAAUAGUUGUGACAAGACAAAGAAAUUAUUUAUUUCCAUCUGAAGCUCUUUUUCCAAAGGCUCCUCACAGAGAACAAUGAAGCCAAUUUCCUUCAGUCUGUUUGUUUUCUUAUUUAAGACUAUUUAUUAACAGUUGGACCUGUGUACCCAUAGCUGUCAAAUAAAGUGGUCCUUAGUGAAAAUUCUGUAUAAAUAGAGUAAGAAGGGGUUUGACUUUGCAAUAAAAGGAGACAUUUGGUUCUGGUUGUCGGA